AUGGAUAAUAACACAUGUGCAAAUCCUCUACUCCUGGAGUGGAUAAAGGAGUGGCUGGACCAAGCUCGGGAGCGGAAUAGCAAAGGUGUCACAGUGUACAAAAAGGCCUAUGAGUCUAUGAAGGCAUGCCCAUUGACUUUCCAGCAUCCAUCCGAAGCACAGCAACUAAAUGGACUUGGCCCUAAGCUUUGUGACCGGCUGACAGAGAAACUAAAAGCUUACUGUGAGGAGAAUGGGCUUCCAAUGCCGGAGCCGCCACGCCCGGCCCAAGAAAACAAGAGAUCGUGCGAUGAUGGUACACUCGGAAACGAACCUUCAAAGAAGCCCCGGAAGGCAAAACCAUAUGUGCCAGCGUUGAGGUCCGGGCCUUACGCGUUACUUCUAGGUCUCGCGACGUUGGAUGAAAACUUAUCCUCGAGUAUGACCAAAGCGCAACUGAUCGAAGUGGCCCAACCCUAUUGCGAUACAUCGUUCACUGCUCCCAGCGACCCUACUAAGGCAUAUACCGCGUGGAAUUCAAUGAAAACCCUUAUCCAGAAAGAUCUAGUUUACGAGCGUGGCAGACCAGUGCGGAAAUACGCUCUCACCGAAGAGGGCUGGGAGGUUGCCAAAAGAAUAAAGAAAACUUUACCGGGUACAUCCCAAACAGUCUUGUCUUUUGGUAAUCCAUCGUCGAAGACGUCCACAGAGCACAGGAGUAAUUCUGUGGGUAUCACCGGUGGCGAUUGCGCAAAUUAUUCUCUUCCACAUCGAUUUGGAGACAUGCAAGGCAGGGGCGGAUCUCCAGCUAUCAUCGCCGGUUUUCAGGGGCAAGAGAACUCCCGCGGUGAUUCUUCUGCGGAUGAAACAGUAGACCCCAUCAUCCUUCCACCAAACACCUUCACGGUCCAGCUGGUUCUGGAUACUCGUGAAGUCCGUACCCCGAAAGACAGAGACUACAUCGCGAACGAGUUAGUAAAAAAGGGCAUUACACCUCAUGUCCGCGCUCUUGAACUUGGUGAUGCCAUGUGGGUCGCCAAAUUCCAUGAUCCGACCUUCCUCUCGCGCUACGGCGAGGAGGGUGAUGAGGUGAUGCUGGAUUGGAUCGUUGAACGGAAACGACUCGAUGACCUUGUUGGCUCCAUCAAAGACGGCCGGUUCCACGAACAGAAGUUCCGCCUUCGUCGCUCAGGCAUAAAGAACAUUGUCUACCUGAUCGAGGAAUUCAACAUCACUCACGAUUCUCACAGUGCCAAUGCACUGAAAUACCAAGAGAUGGUCGCGUCGGCCAUCGCUUCGACGCAGGUCGUCAAUGGAUAUUUCGUGAAGAAGACGCUCAAUCUCGACGACAGCAUUCGGUAUCUUGCGAGGAUGACGCUUCUUCUACGAGAAAAGUAUGAAUCGCCCACCACUCAACCGGCCAACCGUUUGGCUCUCAUACGGAGUUACCAACUGUCAUCAACACAAUCUUAUCUCGCUACUCUCGAGCGUCUACGUGCUCAGGACUCUUCGACAGUCCAUGCAGUCACUUUCCCCACCUUCUCAGCCCUGACCUCCAAGUCCGACACGUUGACUUUGCGGGAUGUGUUUCUGAAGAUGCUCAUGUGUACUCGCGGCGUGACGGGAGAAAAGGCCCUUGAGAUCCAACGACGAUGGCAAACCCCACGGCAACUGGUUGAAGCUUUCGAAGCUCUAGAAAGGAGCGACUCAAAGCUUAAGGAAACCAUGCUCUCUGACCAGAUGAAGACUCUGGUGGGAAGGAAGAAGAUCGCCAAAGUGCUAAGUAAAAAGGUCUCGGAGAUUUGGGGCGAGACAGGUGCAUAGACCAGGUGAGGCCAGGUCUUCACUUUGUUGCGGGAAUAACGAUACGGAACAGCGCUCAUGAGACGUUAUACAGAAGGGGUUCAUUUACAUAUUCCACGUGAAGCUCCCAGGAUCUACAUACGGUGAAGAGUUGAUAUUAGGCACAGAAUUACUGUCGAGCGUGGUACACAGCCCCGGAUUCUAACUGGCGAUAAUGGUCGACGAUCUCGAUCACUUAAACUGGGGAGAGAACUGUUAGGUUGUAUCCUAGUCCAGCAAAUACUAAUCGAGCACAGCGACUGAAUCUCGAAAAUAACCAUUCACUGCCGCCUCUACUUUAUCCAAAUCAAAGGUUGAAGGAGACUGUAUAAUUUCAAAACCUCCGAAUAGCUCCAAACCGAGUCCAGAAAACAACCAUGAAUUCCUGGUCAACACUAAGACCCGUAGCAAUGUGGAAGUCAACAGGACGCAUGAUGUGCUCUUUCUCGAGUAGAGUGUCAAUUAAGUCU